AUGUCCAACCAAAAGGCCCUAUUGUUGGUUUGCAAUUUUGAAUCGACUGCCAUCACCCUCAUUGCAAAUUUUCUAGCUGCCUCCAAAGAUGACAAGAAUGAAGAUGACAACAGCAAUGCUUAUUUUGAACUGACACUGGCAGCAGACCUUCUCAAUGAGUGGGUGUUUCUCUAUAAGGAUCUGGAUGUUCGUGACCCAGACCAGAUUUACUGGUCUGAAUUCAUAUUGGAAAUGAUCAAGAGUGCUCAUAUCAACACAAUUUCCAGAUUCCUGGAUGUACCUGCACUCAACAUGGAUGAUCUACAAUUGAAGGGUAUGCAGGCUGUAAUUGCCGCAUGCACUGCCUCACUUGAAUGUGCUCUCAACUUUGUUGCAAUGUCCAAAGCUUUCGGCAAUGAUCAAAGCAUAGGCACUGGCAGUGCAAAGGGCAGUACUACCAAGAGUCACAAAAUACCUCUCAAGCGCAACAAAUUCAGUGGCAAAGACAGUGCUGCCACAUCAGCAUUUUCAGAAGCAAAUUGCGGACUGGCAACAACUGAAUAUUAUGAAUCGCUCAAGAGAGAGGGGAUGAAAUAUACAAUGGACACUAUUGCAUUUAUGGUAUUCAGAGUAGGCUCUGAAACACUCUGA